AUGGACUUCGCGCGGCCCGACGCAGUUGAGGCAUUCCUACAUUUGCACGUCUACAAAGCGCUCCAGGAGACGGGCGUGUGUGGUGCAACAGUAUGCGUGGCGAAGCUAGGACGCUACUCAUUCAGCAUCCCCAAUUGCUAUGGCUUUGCCGACCCGGCUCGUGGUGUAGUGCUGGACCCGCGGUCCUCACUCUUCGACCUGGGGGGAUGUGCCAAAGUGCUGGCGGCGUUGGCGCUACUGCAGCUGCUACAGGAGGGCGGUCUUCCCGUGGCUACAGACAUCAACUCGUUGCUGCCCCCGGAACUCAAGGUUGAUACUUCACGGCAUGGGAGAGUCACUGUACAGCACUUGCUGACUCACACGUCAGGAUUGCAACACGGAGGUUGCGGAGGUGGAAGUGGAGGUGUUGGCGGCGACCGGGGCGCUGCUGCGGGCGGUGGGACUGCUGCGGAGGGCGGCUCGUCGGCGGCGGCGGCGGCGGUGUCCGUGAUGUCCCCCCGGUCCGCAGGAGAACGACACCAGCAGCAACAGCAGCAGCAACAGCCGAGUUCAGGUCCUUCGGGCUGUAGUCCGGGUCGCGAGCGCGUGAAGACUGUUGUGAUGUCGUACAUGCUCGCCCAACCGGUGCACGCAGCUAAACCCCCCGGGACGUACAGGCCACAUGACCUGGAUUACAUGCUCAUCGGCGCCAUCAUAGAACACCUAACCGGCGAGUCGUACGACACGUACGUCAAAGAUGUCUUGCUGGAACCGCUAGGCGUACGGCUACCGCCGCAGCCCAGAGACCCACGGGUCGGCUACGAGAACGGCGCCAGUGCAGCCAAUGCGACGACACCGGGGGAUGUGGCGAAUGGCUCAUUACCGAAUGACAGGCGGCCGAGUGUGUUUGUGCAAGUGGGACAGCGGGUUCUGGAGCAGGCGCGGGUUCGGGCGCUGGAGCAGGGCCGACCCGUGGGUCUGUCGGAUUGCAGUGGCAAUACAGGAGGCGCGGGACCGGAGGCGUUGAGUUCCCUUCAGGAGAAUCCAGCGAGACCAGGGACUACUCCUGACAAGAAGGUAUUGGCGCGCUACGACCCGCCGCCGCUGACCCCCGUGGGCGGCCUGGUGCUCACCACGGAGGACAUCUCCCGAAUGCUGCCGCUGCUGCUGCACAACUCCGCAGCUGCAGGUGGGGAUCCGGAUCCGGGGGCUGGUGGCAGCGGAGGCCUGGGCCGGAGCUUGCUGUCAAGCCUGUACGAGAUUCGGUUGUACGACUUCAUUAAGGAUGUGGGCGUCGCGUAUGGCGGGUUGGUGUCCCUGGGCUUGGGUCGCUGUGGCGACCGGGUGGUGUCUUGCGAGAGCCCCCCGCCGCCCCCCAGCACACGGGAGCUGGCCCUCACCGCCCAGGCGGCGGCGCAGGCAGCACGGGCGGCUGCAUUGGAGGAGGCCGCUCGGGCUGGGCAGGGGGAGGAGGAGGGGGAGGGGGAGCAGGGGGCCGAUGGGAAGGAGGCUCCUCUCGCCUCCGCUCCCAGACUACAGAGCGACCAGCCAGCGCCGUUAUUGCGAGUAGGGGCUCCAGGGGAGGUGGCCGACCGUUCAGCAGACGAACCAGGAUUGCCUGAACAGGACACCCAACAACAGCAGAAGCAGAGGCAGCAGCAGCAGCGGGGGGAAGAGCAACAGGGGCUGUCGCCUGCAACAUGCGGUGACAGUGAUGGUGGUGGCGACAGUGGUGGUGCGGUCCCCCCCGACCUGCCGUCCCUGGUCCAUCCCUGUUUGCUGCUGGUGGCCCCGGAGGGCGGCCUGGCGCUGGUGGUGUGCUGCAACACGGCGGGGCCGCAGGGGGCGGCGUUCUGCCGCAGCGUGGCCACGAAGCUUCUGGAGCGGUACCGCCCAGCCGAGUUGCCUAGAUCUGUCGUACGCUCCUGGCUGGCUGCCGUACCGCCGCCGCGGCAGGACGCCAUCGUGCAUCUGGCGGUAUUUCCUCCCGCCUGCUGCCUGAACCCCACUACCUAUUUUGAUGGGUGGCAGCUGUCCAUGCCGGACUUCAUCAAACUGCAUUGCCUGCAAGCUCCAGGCCACGGCACUCGCCGCCACGAGCCGUGCGAGCAGCAGCGUCUGCCUAAGCUGGUGCCCCCCGCAGCAGCGGCCCUGCUGGCUGGGGUGCCCGCGGACAGCCCCCUUGCGCUUUUCGGUCAUGGCUUGGGGGCGCUCUGGGCGUUUGAGGUGGCUCGUCGCAUGGAGGGGCUCUACCAGCGGCAGCUGCUGCACCUCUUUGUGUGCGCCUGCGCCGCACCGACAUGCUUCCCACCUGCUCGCGGCGGGGACGGAGGAGGGGCAGGGGAGGGGGGGGGAGGCGGCGGUUCCGUGCGAAGGUUUCAAACCUGGUGGAUUCCGGAUCAACAGCGGCAGCAGCUAUUGCUUCAGAAGCAGUACCAGGAACAGAUGCUACAGCAGUUUCAGACACUGCCCCGACAGCCGUCGCUGCCCGCGGAUCGCCCCGGGACGUCGGCGCGGGGGCCACCACCACUACCGGGGUCGCCAGCGUCUGAGAGCAGCAAAGGCAAGGGGGACCUUCCCGAGCUGUACGAACUUAAUGACGAGCUUUUCAUCACGUCAUGCCGUAAUCACCCGCGCUUUCCUCGUCAACUGAGACACGACAUCAAGGCGAUUUUGGACCACCUGCCACUUCUCCGGGCGGACAUUGAGACGGAGCUCCGGUACAACUUCCUGCCGCCCACACCCAGCCUCUGUCCCUCCGUGGCUGCAGUACUGGCAAGCGUCCAAAACAAGGCUGACGAGGAGACUCGCAUCAGUCAGGGGCUGCUGUCGUGUCCCAUCACUGUGCUGAUUCCGGAAAGGGAGACGGCGCUGGGGCCAGAUGUGACGGCCGGCUGGGAGCAGGUGACCACCGGUCCGGUUCGUUUCCUGUCCGUGGGGGGUGACUACCACUGUCUGGAGGAACGCAGUACCCGGGGCCAGGUGGUGGCGGCCAUAACGGGGGCACUGGGGCGCCAGAUGUCCGUACACACGCCGUGGCUGGGCAAGCUGAGACCCGAGCGGGCGGGGGGCAGUCACCAUCGUGACCUACCGUCAUCAAUUUCGCCCUCUGCACCAUAUCAAACCCACUGGAUAACAGUGUUCUGUCCGGUUCCGUUCCCGGCACAGCCCUCGGUAGCAGCGAACGUACACUCGGGACACGUCGUCGUCGUCGUCGUCGUCGUCGAUCUGCCUUCGGCUGCGGCUGCUGCGGCCUGCGGCUGA